AUGUCGAAAGCACCUACAUAUACUCAACCAAGGUCAAGCAAACUCUCGGUUUCAGCGCUGCUGCAAGUUGUUUUGUUCGGUGCCUCGCCAUUCAGCAUUGAAACCAGAAGUUGUUUAAUUAGCCUUCAUAUACCUUUUAUAGAAGGAUAUUUAAUGGCGAAUCCUGCAGAGUUCAUUCACUGCCAACAAUAG